AUGGAGGACUCUGUUAUAAACGAAAAUGGAGACUGGGUAAUUGUUAACGAAGAAUCAAAUCUUAUUGGAAAUGGAUCAAGAUCAGUUGUUGUAAUUAGAAAAGAACGUAAUGGAGUUGAACAUGUUAUUGUAGAUGAACAAAGUGCAAUUGCAAAUGAAGAAAACGCAAAUAACAAGGAAAUUGAAGCUAAAAUGAAUGGGAAUCCAGAUGUAGAUGGACAAGGUGAAAUUGUUUAUGUUGAAGCGGUUGAUGAAGUGGUAGCUGAAGUUGUGAAGAAAAUGGAUGAAAUUUCUAUUCCAGAGGAGCAGAGUGACAAUGUUGUUGCAGAAGGUGAACUGAUUGACGGAGAAGCGGGUGCUGAUGAAGGAGGAAAGGUUGACGGUGAUCAAGAAAUUAGGCAGGGUGCCACGGAAGAAGUAACAGCACGAGAAGAUGAUCUACAAGCUGAAACUGGGAAUGAUGUUGAGGUAGAUGGAGAAAUAAUGGAAGAAGAAAAUGAAGUCGAUAAUUUAUGGAAAGUGAGUUGAAAUUUCUGUGAACUUAUGUGAUUAGUAUUGUAGUAUACUAUAAUAGUAUCUUAAAUUUACAAUAGUUAUGGUUUUACGUUUCACUUUUAACUACUUUUCUUAAAAAUUUAUUACAAAAACUAAUUUUCUUGUUUUUUCUUUAAUCUUUGACUGUUAUUAGCCAUUUUUUUCAGGAAUAUACGGCAAAACAGCACUCAAAUGCUGAAUGGAACGUUAUUAACCAAGGCUUGAUUAUGGUCAUUGAUGAACGCACUUCAGAGCUUUCCUUUGAUGAACUUUAUCUGGGAGUUUCUCGUUUGAUCAGCAAUGAUCAAGGAAGAAUUGUGUAUCAAGGUGUACAGGACUUGUUGACUGCUUAUAUUAAAAAUGUAAGUAUAUUGUGGUAGUUUAAAUGUUUUUAUUUUUUAAAAAUUGAAAUUUUGUUGAAUUUUUAUCUGAAAAACUUAAAUUUGAUUUUUCUUGUGGAUUUUAGGUAAUAAAAUUGAAAAAAAGGGUUAAUUUUAAUGAUAUUUUGGCUUUAAAAAUGUAUUUUCUUUUACUAUUUUAAAUAUUUUCACCUAAAUUACCCAAUUUUUAGCUAAAAUAAUUCUUUUUAUCUUUUUAGCUCAAAGCUCGCCUUCUGAAACGCGUCGGUCUUAACAAUUACACGGAGUGUCUGAAGAACGUGCAACGUCAAUUCAACGACGCAGUAAACAACAUUGACGGCAUCUUGAUGUACAUGAAUAACUAUUACUUGCCUAAAAUUGGUAAACCGAAGUCGACUGUGAUUGCACGGACUCUGUAUCGUGAAACGUUUUUUGAGGACGACGUUGUGGCACGGUUCUUGAAGGUAAGUGACGUUGGAAGGGUUUGGGGUAAUGGAAUUGUGACAGAGAUGGUUGAUUUGUAUUUAUGGAGGUACAGGCAAUGGUUGGGAGUUGAUUUUGGUAUAGGCAGGGGGAAGGGUAAAUUUUUUUUUGAAAAACAGCAGAGGAGCACGUUAAACUUUUACUUUUUGGAUAAAAUAUUACUAAAAACACUGUAACUUUAUAAAAAUAAUAAUAAUUUGGUUUCAGACCAGAGUAAAGAAGCUAGCUCGCAAAGGAAUCUCGAAAAACAUUGAUGAAAUCAUCGACAUAUUCGGCUUGUUAUUGGACAUCUACGAGUACAAGAGUCGAGUCCUGCAGAACGAUUACCUAAACGUGUUUUUGGAUAAUGUGAGUGACAAGUACACAAAGUUGGAAGGAGAUCUCCAAGCGACUGAUCUUGUCUAUGAUUACGCGAAAAAGGUGAAUGAACUCAUGGAUGAUGGAGCUAUGGUCUCGGACCGGCUUAUUGGCCUGAAUCAUGAUUUCGGAGAGAAGGUGAAGGAGGUAAGGGUGGUUUUUGAGGGGUUUCUUUUAGCAGAAGCAUGGGUUCAUUGAAUAUUACAUUACUAUCUUUUAACAGAAGCUUGGGCCAGAGAAAUUCAGUUAACUAUCAAAUUACUAUUAUAAAUGGUUUUCUAUCAUUUAUUGUUACGCAGCUAUACUAUAACACAUUUUAAACCAUCUUUUGUCACAACUUUUUUAUUUUUACAUUUAAAACCUUCAGAUUUUUUGUAAAAAGCUUCUGGAGCCCUCUAUCAAUCGUAUCCUGAACGCCAAUCAUGGUGUAGAUUGGAUGAUAAUGAAGGACGAAAAGGAGCGACUGAUCGAAGUGUACAAGGUCUGUAAUAGGGCACCAAAUGGACUAAAAGCGUUGGCUAACAAAAUCAGUGUUUACUUAAGGAACAGAGGCGCCGAAAUGUAUCAGGACCUUUGUAAUUUUGAUGAAAUCGAGUAUUUCCAGGUGGGUAAUGACCUUUUUGCAAUUUUACAGUAAAGAGAUUGUAUCUGGCUAUAGGAAACUUAAAGGAUUAGGUGUAAUUUUAUAUUUAAAAGCUAAAAUAAGUCGACUUACUAUUACAUUUUCAGCAGCUGUUUGGCUUGAAAGAUGCUAUUCAGGAGUACGUCUUUACCUGCUUCAACAACAACGACGUUAUCUCGGCUCACAUCCUCGAGGACUUUUCUUUCUUGAAUAACCUGCUUCAAGAGAUUUCGGGAUAA